GUUACAUAGUCACAUCGCUGCUUUUGAUAACCAAAUUCUCGUAUAGGACUACAGGAAUAUUUUAGAGUAACACAGCUGCAGGUAAAAAGCUGUCUCCGUAAUUUUAAAGUCCGUAAUUUAAAUCAGAGCGUCUUAUCUGCAAGUUUAUUGCCUUCUCUGCAGCCCCUAAAACAAUAUAUUUGCUGAGAUAAGUGAUUUAGUUCUAUCCGUUGCAUUAAGGGAAAUAUCUGCAAAAUUCUUGUAUUGUAAUCAAAAUUUAUUGUGUGUGGAAACCAGGAAACCAUGUACUAAUCACAGAGAACCUGAUGAACAAUAUUCGGAGAUGAAUAUUCGGGCUUAAUUGCCCAGAACUGUUUUUUUUUUUUUUUUUUUACUUUUUGGCUGUCUAAAUAUGACCAGGAUGCAGUCUUUCCAGUGCAACGCAGAGGCGUCUAGCCAAACUUUCCUCUCAAUUCCUCCGCAUUGUACACGUGAAAUGCUUCGAAAAGCAGGUGACUCGCUAGGCACAGUUAAUGGAGUGACAUACAAAGAAUAUUUCGACGACUCCGGUCACACAGUACUUACUCCAUCACCGAAGAAAAUUUCGAAAUAUGAACCACAAAAAGAAGAAAUCUUUUAUAAGGUAAGCUCAGUCUUUACUCUACAUGAGGAGGAGGAGGUGAAACCAUCCGAACAAAAAUAUUCUGAGGAGUUCGUGGAGCCUGAAGACGAUGAAAAAGACAAAGACGCGUUACAUGUUGUUGAACACCCAGAUGUGCCCUCUCCGGAGGAACAUACUGUGUUUCCAGAGGUUCCCACAGUUGGUUCGCAAGGAGACACUGCUUUAAGCGAAGACUUGCAGGACACAGCUGUACAGAAAUAUAUUGAAUUUAGCCCCAGCAUGUCGCCACCUGCUUUAGAGAAAGGUCAUGAUUACCGUUUUGAUACAGAACGCUCGAGAUUAUCUGACAGUGAGCAUUCACUGGUAUCGUCGACGAAGGUGGAAGUAGGAUCUCAACCAGACUUGGGAUCUGUGGACGCAAGUUCGUACGAAUUGGUCUCCCUUAUCGGCUCAAGCCUAGUUUCUAAGCCACUAAUGGAAGCACAGAGCGAAGGAAAGUGCCAGAAGAAGAAGAAGACCUCUAAAAAACUGAGAAGGGUCUCAAAAUCUGUGCCUCACGUAGUGCCGGAGGAGAUGCAACAUCUAAACGAUUUCAGCCGAGUAGUUACACAAGAAGCUAUCUACGCCGAGAUGUCGUCCGGCGAUGACGCCUUUGCUGCGAACCAAGGCCAAUACGAGGACGAAGAGGAAUCGUCUUACAGUUCAGAAAGCGACGACGAUGCCUCGCAGACGAACAGCCAAGAAAUUGACGACCUAGCUAUUGAAAGCAGCUCGAGUUUUCCUCCACCUGCCCCCCCUGCUUCUGCGACGAGCAGUACAGACGGGUCAAGCAGUGCCGCCUCCCAUCGAGAGGUGUCUCAGUCGAGUGACGGCACACUUCAGGACGAAUCAGGAAGCAGAAUCUCGUGUGGACAAGGCAGUUUAGGUUUGGAACUGCUGACGGAGUCCUACAUUGAUCAACUCGGCCACGAGAGCAGUGAAGGGCUCAUGUCGAACAUACUCGAGCAUCCAGAGAUGAGUCUCUCUUCGUUAAGUCCAGAGCGCAACACCGACGUCGAAAACAGCAAGUCUCCAUCCCCGUGCGCCACAGGAUCUGCUUGCGUCUCCACCACUACUGCGAGUUCGCGACAGGAGGAACGCGAGUGCAAAGCGAGAAGGUUAGAGAGAUUGGUUGAAAAGUUGUGCCAUGAUUUCGUUGCACAGAAUCCGGCAGUGAAGCAGAACCCUGCGUCGCUGGUGUCGUACUUCGAGAACGCUGGCGCAAUAAUCCGUUCUCUGCCUGUUACCGAACUGAAGCGCAGUUUCAAAAAUGUCUCGAAGGAUAUUUCGGCAGCCGCAACACCGACGGAUAAGUCACAAGCUAGUUCCGAAUCGUCGCAGGUUGCGUCACUGGACAGCAUUAGACCCACUCGAAGAUAGAGCUGUUACUUGACCAACAGAACAAAUACUCAAGAAGCGUCACUGGUCAUUGAAGUGAACUUUUUUAAAUCUUGAGACGUCAAUAAAUUUCAAGUACUUUCAAAUUUGACGUUA